AUGGCUGACAAUGACGAUCAAGAAAAUUUAUCAAGUUCCAGUGAUGAAGAUGAUUCAACGACAAGUUCAUCAAGCACAUCAACGGAAGAAGAAGAAGACGACGACGACGACGAUGAUGAUGAUGAAGAACAAGUGGAAGAAGAGUCAAAUGAUAAUUUGACAACGUUAACUCCAAAACAAUCGUAUUUAUUGCUUGAAACAAAACGAAAAACUCUCGGAAAACGUUUAUUAGAAUUACGUGAUGAAUUAAAAGCACAACCACAAGCUGACAUUGAUAUAAAAAAGCGUUUAUUAACUGAAAUUAAAAAUUUACGUGAAAAAUGGAUUGCUGUACAAACUCGUUUGACUAAUCUUAAAGCAAGACUUAGUCAUAGUCCAACACCUGAACGUGAAAUAAUUCAAAAACCACCAAUAAAAAAAACAGAAGAGCCUGCUCAACCUGAAGCGAGAGUCAUUCCACCACCACGUGUAAGAACAACCUAUAGUUCAUCAAGUCGAUCGAGAUCUUCAUCAAGUGAUUCAAUACGAUCAAAUAAAAAACCUUACCAUGAUUUAGAUGCAUUAGAUGAAAUUGGCGAUUCGAAAACUCGUGAUAUACUAUCAUCUCGAACUACAACAUCCUAUCGAGAUCUUAUCGAUGAAUAUUCAGCAUCGCCAAGUCCACCAGCAUCACCAGAUCCAGAUCAAAUUCCUUUAGUGAGUGCGUAUUCAAGUCAGUCGAAAGUAUUCAGUGAAAAUAUUCAAGAACAACAAGAAGAACCGAUUGUUGAUUCGAAAGAAAAAUUCUAUAAUCAAGCUAUUCCAUAUCCAGUUAUUAAUGAUAAACGUGAUCUUGAACUCAUAAAUCGUCAAUUAAAAAAUCAAUUACGUGAAUUAGAAGCAAGUAAAAAUAAUCCAUUAUAUGAUCCACAAUCAAAUCUAAUGAAUUAUGAAAGAUUAAAAAAACAAAAUGAAUAUAUUAAUUUAAGAAUUCGAAUUGAAAAAUUAAAAAGAACUAAAGCAAAAACACAGCGUGAAAAAGAACAAAGUAAAAAACAAUUUCACACACUUCUACAAGAAUUUCGUAAACUUCAACGUUCUAUGCGAGCAGCUAAUCGAGAUUAUUCGCAUAAUCAAUUUUUUACAAUUAACCCAGAAAAUUUUGCUUCAUUUAUACCUCUACCACCAUCGCCACCACCACCACCACCACUGCAACCAGAAGUCAACAAACAAUAUCAACAAGAAGAAUUUCAAUUGCCACCAUAUGAUUUUAAUAAAGUUACGGGAAAGAAAACUGUUUUCGAAUCAUCCGAUUCCGAAGAAGAAGAUGAAGAACGAUCGUCGGAACCGCAAGUUCCAGUGUCAUUAUCUGCCAGUGAACCACGCGCUGUGCCAGAUGGUUUCGAUCAAAAUCAGCCACCUCCAGUACCAAUGCCAUCAAGUUCUUCUUCAUCAGCUACACUUGAUGCAAUUAAAACUCGCUUUGCUAAUUUAUUAAAUGCACCAAGUUCUUCAUCAUCGCAAAUAAAUGAACCGACUACAACUACUCAAGUCGUUCAUAAGAAAGAUGAUGAUGAUGACGACGACGAUGAUGAUGAUGAUAGUCAACCAGUAAUUCAUGCACAAAGAAAUCAAGCUGUAUCAGCAAAAUUUAAUCGAAGACGAAGAAAAGCUAAAAGAAAUAAACAUAAGAAAAAGAAUAAUAAUACACAAGCAACACAACAAACACCAAAUGAGAAUGAAUCAGCAGUUUUCGAUCAGGAAGAAGCAUGGAAACGCUAUGUUGCCAUGCAAUUACAAUUCAGUUUUUUACAACGGUCAAAUCCUAUUUUACGUGCAUUAACAGCUGAAGCACAUAAAAAGUUAGGUAUCACUGAAGAUGAAGUUAAUGACUUUCAAUUCGAUGAUGAAAUGAUGGAUUAUGAAACUGCACUUAUUUUACAGCAACAACAAGAAUUUUUAGCUGCUGCUGCUGCUAAUCCAUUUAAUGUUUUACAUAAUGCUGCUGUUGGUAGUUCAUCAUCAAGGCCUAAUCUAGUUGAUGUACUAUCAAAUUUAAAUGGUGGUAAAACACCAUCAUCAUCUGAACCUCAGACACCUAUGGGAUUAUUACAAAAAUUCUUUCUCGAUGCAAAUAAUAAUCACAAUGCUGAACCUCGUAGAAAUCUCAAUCUUAACGAUUCAGCAAUAACUCCACCUACUCCACCAUCGCCACGUGAUAUUUCUCUCGGCAAGAAAAUUGUCAAAUCAUUAACAAAUCAAGAUAUAAAUGCUCUACUUAAACUAAGUGGAAGUGAACAUGAUGAUGAUGAUGAUUACGACGAUGAUAAUAAUCCAUCGCUUGACGGUGAUACUGAUGAUGAUACGAAUAAUUUUUCUAUUGAUGACGAUUCAAAUGAUAUACCUAAUGGUAAUUAUAAUAAUAAUAAUAAAGAUUAUGAACAAUGGGUACGCCCAACACCAAAUUCAUCACGGUCAACGCAAUCAUCUGGUAUACACAAUAAAAAAUUAACUGUGGAAACAUUGAUAUUACCAAGUUUUAAUCGCUGUACACAUUUGGGUAAAUCAACAAAACGAUCGGCUGGCGUGGAACGUAUGUUUCCAUCGUUUUCAAAACAUAAUACUGGUCCAUCAUCAACACUUAGUGUAAUUCUUUACGGAUUAUCAUCAACGCCUUAA